GAAAAAACAUCAAAGAAAGCAAAGCCAGUUCCCCGUGGAGCUUCCGGUUCGAAAACUUGAGCUCUCCCUCCGACCAAUAUUAGGGUUUAUUUCACAAACAAAGACCAAAGGCGACGACGUAUCCUCUGCCAAUUUAUAAACCCUAGUUACACUUUAUUCACUGUUUUUCACUCAAAUUUAUCCAAUUCGGCGACAAUUCUCUCAAAUUCUCUCCGAUCUGGUAUUGAAUAUUAUAUACCCAUAAUCAGGCGAUAAUGGUCUAUCCCUCUAUAAUUCACUGACUGAUGGAUCACGAGAGCAAGAACUUUGGAAGAGGGCCAAGAGAACGUACAGGGGCUGUGGAUCUUAUCAAUCAAUACAAAUUACUGCCUCAUCACGAGUUCUUCUGCAAGAGGUCACUUCCUUUGUCAAUUUCAGACACACACUAUCUUCACAAUGUGGUGGGAGAUGCAGAAAUUAGGAAGGGAGAGGGAAUGCAAUUGGAUCAGCUCGUUCAAAGUACAUCCUAUCCAAGAGAGUCAAAUGUACGCAUCCAGCCAUUUGACAUAGAUGUCCUUGGAGAAGCCUUUCAACUGAAGGAAACUGGUUCAGUUUAUCUGCCUACUUCCGAAAAGGGAACUCCUACUGUAGCGGGAAAAUCCAGAAGUGAGUCUAAGGACAAAGAGAGAAAACAUAAAAAGCACAAGGAUAAGGAUAGGGAGAAGGAUAAAGAGCAUAAGAAGCACAAACAUCGCCACAAAGAUCGAAGUAAGGACAAGGAGAAGAAAAAGGAUAAAAGUGGUCUCCAUCAUGAAAAGAAAAGGAAGCAUGAUGGAGAUGAAGAUAUUAAUGAUGUCCACAAGCACAAGAAAAGCAAGCAUAAGAGCUCAAAGAUUGAUGAGAUGGGUGCAAUAAGGGUAGCAAGCUAAGAAGUUUUUCGGAUCUUUAGUUAUUGUCCUCAAAAUGUCGCUGUUGAGUAUUUAGAGCCCUUACUUGAAAAACUACAUGAGAACCAGUCCUGAACCAACCAAAUAUUAUCAAGGAGGUGAAUUCACCAGUAGAAGUCAAGGUCGAUGCGAGGAACAAUCUGCUGACAAUAACUUAGGUUGAUGCGAGGAACAACUCGCUGAAAUGAACUUUCUGCAUGAUUAAAAGGGCUCCAAUAUAUAUCACAGCGUCAUAGAGUCAUAGACAAUUACCCUUUCUUUUAUUUUUCACAGUGCUUUUUAUGUAUAAUGUCACUAUUAUCCAGUCCUUCGUAUUUUUAGAACUUUUGCCAAAGUUUAUUAUAGAUAGAGUGCCUAGUUAAUGGCUUCCAGGUUAGGGGAAGAUAUCAAAGUCUAGGCCCAAAUAACUGUGUAAUUUAAUCGUGACGUUUUUUCUUUCUAGACUUUUUUUUGUAUAUACUAGCAGUAGAAAGUGGAACGGUCCCUUAUAACUUAAUCUGAAGCAGGAAAAUUUGACC